CGGCUGUAUAUACAGCUGCACAAAUUAGAAACGCUGCGCCGUAAAAUGGAGAGGCUAUAUAGCUAUGCCGACUCACGUAGCCGUACGUAUAGCCUCAUGUACGAGCUCAUGUGCGGCCUCACGCAUAGCAUGACGUGUAGAUGCACGUGAAGAUAAAUACCUGGAGGAAGCCCUCUUUCAUUCUGAUGCUGAUGAGUCUACAGCGGUUUCUGGAUGUAUGGGCAUCGCCUACGCGCGACAGGCUACAGCUCAACAGCAACCCACAGAUUUCGAUACCAGGGUGGGAAAGGAGUCUCGAAGAAGGAAAUAGCCAUCUAGAGGGUUUUCAAGUCACUGCUUCAUCAGACAUCAGCUCGGCUACUCGGAAACUACGUUCGCGAUCGAGGCGACGCAGGGCUUCACUCCGCAGCUCACAAGUCCUCCAUUCGGAGUAAUAAAAGCACUCUUCGCCUCACGAAGCUAUUCUCAUGCUUGAUCACCAACGAGCUGGUG